AUGCCAAGAAAGUUAAGGUUCAUGAUAACCCAGAGGAUAUAGCCUUGCUUAAUGCAAAAAAUUAUGCAAAAUUUACUGCUAAAAACCAUAUUAGCAUUCCAAGAUUUUACUAAGAGAAUAAUGAUGAGAAAUAAAGCGACAUCCCUACCAGCAAAGUAAAUGUUCUUCACAAAAAAUCUGAUACUAAAAAGGGAAAAGCAAUAGAUAGAUUAAAAAAUAGCUAACUAAAAUCAAAUGAGGAUGAACACUAAUAAAGGACAAAUCCUGAUUAGAAAUAAUACAAAAAUGAUAUAGAAUCAUAACAAAAAUAAGCAAAAGCAAAAAGAUAGAGAAAAAAGAGAGAAACAAUAAAAAGCUGAAAAAGAUGACUAUGAAAAGCAUUAAACAUAAUUAUAGCUUGAUGCUGAGUUAGAAAAUAUAAAUUAAAUGAUUGAACUAAUGAAGAAAAAAAAGCAACAAUUACUUUUAACUCAACAAGUAGUAACAUUUCAAAAUAACGAAGUCUAAAAUUAAUCUCAUACGUAAUAUACUGACACUUAGGAGAAAACAACCGACUCAAGUUAUACUUAUGAAUCUUAUACAUAGGGUGUUACAACAUCAAGAUUAGAUUUAUCAAAAAGUGGAACAAGAAGAAAAAGAAAAGGUGCUAUUAAAAAAGAUCCCUAUUUCAAUGUUAACUUAGAUAAGUUACAUGAAGCAUUGAAUGCUGAUGAUUUCUUUUUCACUUCAAAGAAAGAUAUACCUGGCUUGCAGCCUAAUCCAGUUCAUAUUGACAUCCAUUAUUGGAGACAGUAACAGAUGAUUGAUUAAGUAUAGAAUGAUUAGGCUGCAGAAUAGUAAUAAAGAUCUCAAUCACCAACUCAUCCAAAGAAGAAAUAGAAGCGCCAAUCUUCAAAUAAAGAUGACUUUAAUUAAUAAUAAGAGGAUUUCCUUAUAGAUCUAAAUGUAGAUGUUAACAUGGGGAAGAAAUAAGAGGAUACUUUUGACUUGCAGUAGAAAUAAUAUCUAGAAUCAUAGCAUCCAUUCUUAGUAGAGUAAUAGAUUGUGGAGGAUAAUGACAAGGGCUUAUUAGAAUAAGGGUUUUAGAAUGCUGAGUGGCGUAAAGCAUGCUAUCAAAGAUAAAAGAUUCAUUAAUUGGUUAAAUGA